CUUCCAGUCUGCAUAGCAAAAUAAAUGAAAUCAUUCUCCGUCUGCCGUGACACCAGUUGCCUUCGAUAAGAUGGUUGGUCCAGACGAACUAAGGCAGACCCUUUCUCUUCUUUUUUCUUCCUCAUCGGUAAACCUGAUCGGGUCUGAAUGUCCAACUUGGCAGUGAUUCAUCCCAUAUAAAGCGUAUGCGCAUACUCGCCGGGGUUAUCCUAGCCUUUUGGCUGGGUUAUUUGACUGCAUCGUUAGGCCUUUUUAAUCUUUUGCUUGAAGAGAAAGCAGCUUUGUACAUUUUGGCCGCAAUUGGUGUAUCCUACUUGGUCAUCUUUAUUCCAUUGGAACGAAUCGCAGAAGUUGAGGCACAACGUAGCGCAGGAUACCCCUUUCGUACAUCCGCACGUGAGCAUUUACAACGCCGUGGAAGCUUUUAGACUUAUUACUACACAUCGUCAUCAUUGCCAUCAUCAACAACCAUAUUGCACUAUAUACAAAGGAAUGCAUAAUAGACUCUGUUUCUUCAUAAAAAGACGUACGCACAAGAACAAAACAACAGUAAUA